UCUAGAAAGCCAAAUCACCCCUCACCUAUUUCUCUCUUACUUUCCAGUUUAACCUAACCCUUCUCUUUUAAAAACCCUAACCCCUCUUCCUUUUCCCCUCGCUCUCUUUUCCUUGCCACCAAAAAACAUCUUUCUGUUCAAUUGAAUCCUCCUUUUUCUAUUCAACCAUAAUGUCUUGCUUCAUUAGCAAAUACGCCGAUGAGUUGGCUAAAAACGCUGCUUACAUUGGCACCCCUGGAAAGGGUAUCCUUGCUGCUGAUGAAUCCACCGGCACCAUCGGCAAGCGUCUUUCAAGCAUUAAUGUAGAAAAUAUUGAAGAAAACAGGCGUGCUCUCCGUGAGCUCCUCUUCACUGCUCCAGGAGCUCUUCAGUACCUCAGUGGUGUUAUUCUCUUCGAGGAAACCCUUUAUCAAAAAACCGCUUCGGGCAAGCCCUUCGUUGAUGUUUUGAAGGAAGGUGGUGUCCUCCCUGGCAUCAAGGUCGACAAGGGUACCGUUGAGCUUAAUGGAACCAACGGCGAGACUUUCACCCAGGGUCUGGAUGGCCUUGCACAGCGAUGCCAGAAGUACUAUGAAGCUGGUGCUCGCUUUGCUAAAUGGCGUGCUGUCCUUAAGAUCAGUGCUAAUGAGCCUACCGAGCUUGCAGUCCAAGAAAAUGCCAACGGGCUAGCUAUGUAUGCUGCCAUCUGCCAGCAAUGUGGCCUUGUCCCAAUCGUCGAACCUGAAAUUCUUGUUGACGGAUCUCAUGACAUUCAAAAGUGUGCUGCAGUGACAGAGCGUGUUCUUGCUGCCUGCUACAAGGCUCUAAAUGACCACCAUGUCAUGCUUGAGGGUACUCUUUUGAAGCCUAACAUGGUGACCCCUGGUUCGGACUCCCCGAAGGUUGCCCCAGAUGUUAUUGCUGAGUAUACUGUCCGUGCCUUGCAGCGAACUGUCCCUGCUGCAGUCCCAGCUAUUGUAUUCUUGUCUGGUGGGCAAAGUGAGGAGGAGGCUACCCUAAACCUUAAUGCCAUGAACAAGCUCCAGACCAAGAAACCAUGGUCACUCUCAUUCUCAUUCGGACGCGCCCUUCAGCAGAGCACUCUCAAGACCUGGGCAGGAAAAGAGGAGAAUGUGAAGAAGGCACAAGAUGCUUUGCUCGUUAGGUGCAAGGCUAACUCAGAAGCCACUUUGGGUACAUACAAGGGUGAUGCAGAGCUUUGUGAGGGUGCUGCAGAGAGCCUUCAUGUCAAGGACUACAAAUAUUAAGAAAUUAGGCUUGUGGUCAAAUAUGUGAUGCUUAGCAGAGUAAAUUCUGGUAUUGAUAUUAGGGUUCUAGUGUUUUUUUCUUCUUCUUUUGAGUUUCUGCCGUUGCUCAUCGAAUUUAGUCUGUGGAAUCAGACAAAUUACAAAUAAGGUUUGGGAGCCUUUGUGCUCGUUGAGUAUUUUUGGUUUUCUGUUUAUUUCAUUUUAAAACAAAAUUCUCUGCUUAGUUGAGUGUAAGCCCGCAUUGUGGGACAAAAAUGACCAAGUAUAAGCCCUUAUUCUGUUGGUUA